AUGAAUCUUCUAGCUCUUCGAGCAGUUCUUCAAGUAGCUCCAGUUCUACAAAUAGCCAUAAAGAUUUCUCAUCCGAUGAUAGUGUCAAAGAUCCUACAUUCCGAAGAAGAGCAACAACCACAAGCGCAGUUACCUGGCAUUCAAGAUUUUCCACAAUCAUCAGCCGUAGAUAACCAGGAGUUAUUCAAAAUUAAGUCACCAUUACCAAGAGUUGAUGACCAGCCACCUAGCGUUGACGAGCACCCAUCUAGCGUAGACGAACAGUCUCCUAGUGUUGAUGUUGAAUCGCGCCGUAAGUGUGGUAAAAGAAAAGCAGAACCGCUUUUAUGGAAACGAAACCAGAGCAAGCUAUUGAAAAAUAAAGGUAUGUCCUAUACUUCUAUGUCCAAGUCCAAAAAAGUUUAUAAUGCCAAAAAAUUGGGUCCUGUAUGUUCCGAUAAAUGUAAAUUGAAAUGUUCUACAGAGUUUACGUUUGAAGAAAGAGAACAUAUCUUUGAAAAGUUCUGGGAUAGCGGUGAUCUGGAAAUCCAACGACAGUUUAUUCACAAUCACAUGACCAAGAUAGAACCAAAAUAUAGAUACGUUCGUGAAGGUACCAGUCGCAAAAAUUGUAAUCACGCAUUUUAUCUGACUCGAAAUAAUAUAAAAACUCGGGUAUGUAAAGUUUUCUUCAUGAAUACCCUUGCAAUCUCAGAUACUGUAAUUAGAACCGUUGUCAAGAAGCAGUCCGAAACUGGCGUGCAACUUAAAGAUAAGAGAGGAAAACACGACAACCAUAAGAAACUAGACGCAGAGCUGACCGAUGGUGUCAAAGCACACAUUAAUUCAAUACCCCGCAUAGAAAGUCAUUACUGUAGGGCGCGAUCGACUCGGGAGUAUAUUGAGGGAGGGCUUACAGUCGCGGCGCUAUAUCGACAUUAUCUGGAGAAAUGUGAAUCUGAGAGUGCACAAUACGUUUCAUAUCAAGCAUACUACAACAUAUUUACACAUGAUUUUAACAUAUCUUUUUGGCAGCCUAAGAAGGACCAAUGCGAAGAUUGCAUGGCUUACCAAAACGCUGAAGAUAAAUCGUUACUACAAGAGACAUACGACGAGCACUUGAAGCAAAAGACUCUUGCUAGAAAUGAAAAAGAUAGAGAUAAAGAGCUUGUGAGUAAUACCUUCGUCGUCGCUGUGUACGAUCUCCAAGCGGUGAUGCCUUGUCCACGGGGUGAUGUAUCUAGUUUUUAUUACACGUCUAAAUUAAAUUUACUUAAUUUCACAAUAACUGAGCUCGGAACAAAGGACACAACUUGCUUUGUAUGGCAUGAGGGAGAAGGCGCCCGAGACCAGUAUAUCACUCUGAUUAAAACAGCGAAGAAAACUGGAAAGCCUUAUACUGUUGAAGAACUGACACAUGAGAAUUUUUUUGACCUCAAAUCUCUGUUUAUAGGAAACUACAAUAUAGAUGAUAAUGGCAAUAAAUUCAAAUGGGCUGAUAUAAAGAUUCUGAAGACAGAUAAAGUAAGCAAUGGCAUAUUUUUCUUUAAAACGUCCUACGAAGACGAAGAGUUCAAAUCGGAAAUAGGAGGGAGGGAAGACCAAUCAAUUCUUGAAAUCUGCCACGGGGAGCCUAUAAUGAUUGCUUGA